AUGGCUCCUCACAGCAUAUCUCAAUCAGCAGCUCUCGAAGCACAAGAUUACCUCAAAUCACGACUUGCGAUAAGCUCAUCAACCACCGGCCACGAAGCGACCUCCUUUCGCUCAAUUCCCAUCAUUGACUUGUCACCUUCCUUCUCAAGCUCGCUCUCAGAUCGCCAGUUGGUGGCAGACAAGAUUCAUGAAGCUUGUACCACGAUUGGAUUCUUCUAUAUUACUGGCCAUGGAAUUCCCAAGAAUCUUUGCGAUGCUACUCUUGAACUCGCCCGUCGCUUCUUCCAUGAACUACAUUUGUCAAAAAAGGAGGACAUUCAUGUGAAGAAGUCCACCACUUUUCGAGGCUAUGAACCCGCAGCCUACACCUCUGUUGAUUUGUCAAGCACUGAAACGAAGGAUGCUUUCAAUUGGGGUUAUGAGGCGGGCUUGGACGCUACCGGUGGUGAUGGGAAAUAUGUCGAGAUUGAUGGCAGUUCAAGUGGUAGUGUAAAUCAGUGGCCCUCUGAGAUCGAUCUACCCGGUUUUUACAAAGGCAUUGCUGAAUACUGCAAGUGUUCUUUUAUGCCUUGGUACGAGUAGACUUGAGCUAACCAGCUCUAGACACUUCGGCUCUGCAGCUGUGCCGUCAUCUCUUUCGUCUCUUUGCGCUUUCCCUUAAACUUCCCGAGGAUUAUUUCGAGCCUCUGACAACACAUCCUGGAGGAAUAGCACGUCUCAUCAAGUAUCCUCCGGCAUCCAAUCCUAAACCAUUAUCUGAACUCAACGAAGACGAAGAGAUUGGCUUAGGAGCCCAUACAGACUACGAAUGUUUUACACUUUUGCUACAAGAUUCGAAUCCUGGUUUGGAAAUCCUAAGUCCAGAUGGUCACUGGAUAAGUGCCCAGCCAGUCGAAGGUGGGAUUGUGGUGAACAUUGCCGAUUUUCUCAUGCGGUGGACAAACGACACGUACAAGAGCACUGUUCAUCGAGUCGUGAAUCGCACUUCGAAGGAGAGAUACAGCAUUCCGCUAUUUUUCUCCAUCAAUUAUGACGAGACUGUUGAGACCUUGCCAUCUUGCGUGAGCGAGGAUAACCCUUCAAAGUUCAAACCUAUCGCAGCAGGCAAAUAUGUUUUGGACCGAUUGGCGUUAACGGUGAAGAUUGGGAAGUAUUGA